AACGACCUCAGUUGCACUGAAGGUCGGGGAUAGAGAUUUGACCAAUGAGAGUGGGAGCCACGCAGGUGACGACCAUUCGGAGCUGGCCGUGGGCCGGCGAGGACCAAUAGAAAGUUGGGCAGGGAUGGAGCCAAAGUCACAGGGCUCCCUCUGGACCGAAAGGCUAUGGACGGUCUGCCUGCUCCGGGCUCGAGGGCCGUGUGCACCGUGCCUGGCGCCUUAUCACUGCUCAGCAGAGUGGGAUCCGGCGCAGGGGGCUGGCUAGAGUUCCAUUGCUACCCAAUCUUGGGCCCGCUGCCUCAUUUUUUUUAAGCUUCGGGUAUUCUUAUCCACAUAUAAUCCCAACCUCCUGAAUUUAUGUUUGGGAUGAGUGCAAGAGACCACGCCUUAAUUUAGGGCCUUCUGUAUGCCAAGUCCUGUUCUGAGCAUUUAUUAACUUAGUGAUUCGUUUCAAGGACCCUAUGAGGUUGAGACUAUUAAUAUCCCCAUUUUAUAGAUGGGCAAACGUGUAAAUUGAGGUUAAGGCACUGACCCAAGAUCACACAGCCAGCAAGUGGCAGAGGCAGGAUUUGAACCCAGAACCUCUGGCUGCAGAAGUCAAUGAUCUGAACCACCAUGUAUAUAAUUAAUGUACAUGGUAAAGGCAUGUAGUGGGCGCGCAAUAAAUUUAGGCCCUUUCACAGUUUUUGGGAGUGUCCAGAGCACCCGGUUCUGCCCUGCUUUCUCUCGCUUCCAUUGCCCAUCUGUCCUGGGCCACUCCUGUAGCCCUGCCCUGCCCAGCCCGCCCAACCUCACCCUCCCUCUGCUAACAAAGUUCCGGGCAGGGUUUUAUGGGCUCUGAUAAGGCCGUGGCAGGGCCGAAGUUCACCACCACCUCCUCUGCAGAAAGGCCUAGAGGAGGGGGCCCUGGGCUCAGGCCCCCAGGCCUGGCCCAGAUGACCUGGGUUCUGGCUAGUUAUCAGCGAGGCUGGUAAGAGAAGGGAGUGUAGAGGAUGCCCUAGGUAAAGAUGUGAGCCUGGGAUGCCUAGAAAAGGGAUCCCGUGGACCCUGCCCUGUCAGCCACUCCCUUACCUACAGGUAUAAGAGCCACCCACCACUGUCAUCUGCCACCAUUCCCCACUCCUGCCGCUCUUCUCACAGGACGAGCCACCAGCCCAGCCUCUCAGGAUGGCCUUUGUCCCUGCGCCAGGCUACCAGCCCACCUACAACCCGACGCUGCCCUACAACCAGCCCAUCCCAGGCGGUCUCAGCGUCGGAAUGUCCGUUUACAUCCAAGGAGUGCCUAGCGAGCACAUGAGGAGGUUCUUCGUGAACUUCAUGGUGGGGCAGUCCCCGGAGUCGGACGUCGCCUUCCACUUCAACCCCCGCUUUGAUGGCUUGGACAAGGUGGUCUUCAACGCGAAACAGGGCGGCCAGUGGGGCAGAGAGGAGAAGAAAAGGGAAAUGCCCUUCCACAAGGGCGCCCACUUCGAGCUGGUGUUCAUGGUCCAGGCGGAGCACUACAAGGUGGUGGUAAAUGGAAGUCCCUUCUAUGAGUUCAGGCACCGGCUUCCCCUCCAGAUGGUCACCCACCUGCAAGUGGAUGGGGAUGUGCAGCUUCAAUCAAUCAACUUCAUCGGAGGCCAGCCCCCGCCACACCAGCAACCUAGGGGUUUUCCGCCACACCCAGGUCCCCCCGGACAUGGCCACCACCAUCAGAACGUCCUGCCUACCAUGGAGGGCCCCCCGGCCUUCAACCCGCCUGUGCCAUUUAUGAGGAGACUGCAAGGGGGGCUUACACCCCGAAGAACCAUCAUAAUCAAGGGCUUUGUACCCCCCACAAGCAGGAGAUUUGUCAUCAAUUUCAAGGCGGGAUCUUCAGGGGAUGUGGCUCUGCACAUUAACCCCCGCCUGGCCGAGGGCGUUGUGGUUCGGAACAGCUUUCUGAACGGCUCCUGGGGAUCCGAGGAGAGGAAGCUCUCCCACAACCCGUUUGGUGCUGGACAGUUUUUUGAUCUGUCCAUUCGCUGUGGCACGGAUCGCUUCAAGGUUUAUGUCAACGGCCAGCACCUCUUUGACUUCUCCCAUCGCUUUCCCGACUUCCAGAGGGUGGAUGUGCUGGAGAUCCAGGGUGAUGUCACGUUGUCCUACGUCCAGGUCUGAUCUAUUCCUGGGGCUAUACUCCUUGGGAAAGCAGAAAGAAAGAUCCUGUAAGAUUCCUUCUAAGCCCCUAAUAAAAUGCCUGAGGGUG